AGUUCACGCAUGGACGAUGGAAGCGCGCUCCCGAUACUUCAGGUGAAUGAGAGGGAAGAAGAGCUUAACACGGUUCACUGUACUUCGCACCAAAACGGAACAAUUAGUGGAAAAUGAGUUGUGUUGCGUCGCUCGGGGCGCCUGCUUUUAUGACAACAUACCUACUCUUCGUGGUGGGAUGCGUCGCACAGAAAGUGUAUUUUGACUGUGGUGCCAAGGUGGAUGUAGUUGAUGCUCAAGGCCUUAUCCUUUCACCUGGAUUCCCCUACAACUACUCAUCUGGGACGCAUUGUGUUUGGCAGUUCUUUGUGCCCAUUGACUACCAGCUUAUACUGGAGAUAUUUGACUUUGACGUGUUUGAAAGCCACGACGCAGCCAGCCAGUACACAAAUAUGGCUAAUUUUGAUGACGAAGACACAGAUGAAGAAGUGAUGUUUAGCCAAGGGAGGUCGAUGGCGGAUGAAACGCCAAAAGAGGUACAACAAAGCGAAAGGUACGUCGCUAAGAAGCAGCAACUUUUUCAAGAUGAUGUCAAGCAGGUAGUUGUCCAAGAGCAAUCUACUAAAAUGGAGCUUACAAAAGUGUCCAAUUCUGCCAAAAGAUCUGCUGAUAUAAGUUCAAACUCUGCACCCCCGCCAUCUCUUGCUGUGAUACCUGAUAGUCUACCUCCUGAAAACAAGCCUUCAAAUGUUCCUAGUACAACAACGGAAACUCCAAAUAUUUUGUCAACCCUUUUUACUGAAACUUCAUCAGUGACCCCAGAGACGCAGCAGUCUAUCCUGGACGCUUGCCCUCAUGACGUCUUGUACAUUUCGGAUCUUAUCACUUUCUCCUCACGAUUUUGUGGCUCAAACAGACCUCCGAGUAGCCAGUUAGUUUUCGGCUCCAAUCAGGAAAUGGUGGAAGUUAUUAUGGAGUUGAUCACAACGACACACUGGGGUCGCGGUUUUGCUCUUCUCUUUCAUUAUCACAACCGGACAGAACCAGGGAGCACAAGGAGGAAUGUGACAUUUGCAUCCAGCAAGGUGAACUCUCUGCUGGCUGCUGUGAGCGGGGCGGCGUUCCUGGCCAUGAUCCUGACCAGUGCCCUGUGCAUCAUUUUCAGACCCAAGUUGUGUCCAAAAAGAGCCAAUUCCAGCACAUCCAACAGCCCUGAGGUACCAGAGGGAGUCCCUAACAUUGUGUCCGAGGUGAGCGAGCUGCAGCUGAUCGCAGAGAAUCAGGCCAACCUGGAGACCACCAGAGCACAAGAAGACAAGCAGGAAACCCCGCCACACACAGUCAGUGCGGGUGGAGACCUGUCCCAGAGUGCAGAGGUGGAUCUUUCCACUGGUCUGACGGAGCUUGAUCUUGGACCAGACGAAGUGUUUCUCACAUCUCCAGCUCCCAGCACCGUCAGUGGCCAUCUCCCACUCACUACACAUACACAGCAUGAGCGGUUUCUGCGCCUCAGUGACGUAGGCCCGGGCCCUUCAGGGGACUGGCCAUCUCCGGACUCGACGGGAACCAGGCCUAAGUCUGGGAGCGGCUCCAGACCCAGAGCCUGGAGUGUGCGCACCUUCCAGGACUUCCUGCCUCCUCUGCCACAACUGCACAAGAAGUGGUGCAGCUGGAACUCAACCAGUCCCUUCACAAAGCUGGUGGACACAGCCACAUCCAGCCUGGUUGCAGAUGGCAGAGGAAGCAAUGGCCGGGAGGUAUUUUCUGAAGUGAAUUUGGCAAAGGCAGACACCAGCACCAACUCGGACUCCUCCAUCAGCAAUGCCUCUUAUCCUCUUACCCAAUCAGCCCAAAGGCAACGCCGCCUCAACUCAACCAGCAACCUGCGGCGCUCCCGAUUCACUGGCCCCUGUUUCGGUUUGCUCUCCGGGACAACUGACCCGACAAAGACCCCCGCUGUUCAGGGUUCCACCUCUGAGCCUGUUCCUGUUUCUGUUUCAUCCUCCAUAGAGGGCAGCCAGCCGGGGAAGAAGCGAGGGGAGGUCCAAGCAGAAGGGGAGCACGUCAGUGUACAGGUUUUUGCCAUUUCGGAGGAGGAAGACCGGCAGCCGUUGGUCCCAGCGGAGCACCUGGACCACCCGGCAGCCCCCCAAGUGUUGAAUGGACUUGCGAGAGGGGUCUAUGAGGGGAAAAGGUCAGCUGGAGGUAGUCCCAAGAGCCAGAGGGUAAGGGGAGAGUGGAGGCCGUGGGGCAGCCAGGCAUCGGGAGGGGUUAUAGCAGCUUCCAAAACGGCCCAUACAAUUUGUGACAGCCAGGUGCCGAUCAGCCCGGCAACAGCUCUGUGCAGUGUGGUCCAUCAGAUGUGACCAAGUGAAGGACAGAGACUUUGAACUUUGUGUUAGUUCCACUUAAUGACUGGUAUAAUUUCUAAAGUACAUUUUCACCUGACGAUGUAGAUUGUAGCUUGCUGGAAAUACAGUGUUGCGCAAGAAUUAUUUUUGUUUUGUUUUGUUUUUAAAGGUUAAGAUCUAAAUCUGUCAAUGUUGAAAUUGUAUAUAAGAAGUCUGAUGGUGGUCAUGAGAUUUAAUUGUAAAAAUUCAAAUCAUUGGUUUGGUUGAAUGGAGAAAGUAUUCCAGUCAAAAUCAUAAAAUCCUUUAAAACGUGCAGAAAACUAUAAUCAUGAUUAAGAUGUAUUUGAAUGAUGAAAAGAAUAUGCCAAGGUAUUGGAUGUCAUAGUAGAGAAUAUGAAAAUAGAUCUUUCUUUUUUCCUACUGCCCGACGAUUAGCAGCACUUCACAUUUCAAAGUAAGACACCAGCUAUUGCACUUUGAUGCUCAGUUAUAUCUAUGUUGGAUUUUGCCUACACCUAUUGUGGAACAUAUGUAGAUUUGUACUUUACAUUAUUGUGUUACGGAACAGUGUAACAGAAUAGAUUAAGCCUUGUAUAUAUAGUUUAUGUACACAUAUACAGACUGGAUUGUAAAGGGAAUUUAAGAGUAUUUACUAUACACUGUAAAAACUGUAGAUUAUAGAUGUAUCAAUAGUAUUUAAAUGUGCUGAAUUAUUGUAAAUUUUUAAUAAAGAAGACAUUACAUUGUCACGUCUUUGUUCAAGAGU